UAGCGCCGUGUAUAUAAAAACCCAACUGUGGACGAAAUACAUUUAUCAUUUGCUAGUGAAAAUGAAGCUUUUGGUAGUGUUCUCCGUGCUGCUUCUUGCUGGUUGUCUCGAGGCCCAGCGCUGUGUUCAACAAAAAUGUCCUGCCAACGAAGUUUGGAACUGUUGUCCACCUUGUCCCCAAAAGUACUGCUUCCAACCGCAAAUUAAGCCACAAUGUCCUGCUGUUUGCCGACCAGGGUGCGUCUGUAUUGCCGGUUAUGUAAGGGACAAUAAUACCGACAAGUGUAUUCCAGCAAAAUCGUGUGGCACUGUAACAAGAGCUCCGCAACCGAUGGCUUGAUGGAUGAAAUGAAAUGUGGAAUUAUAAUCUAAAAUAUAACGCAUGAAUAAAAUCGGCUUCAAAAUUGCAUGAU